AUGUCCUUUGAACCCUCGUUGCAAGUCCCGCUGCAAAAACAAGACAUCAUUGGGAACUAUGUCGGCUCAAGCAAUGAUGCCGACAAAUAUGCCAAACAAGCAGCUGGCAACAGCACUCUUGCAAUUUAUCGCCAGGCGCUUUCUGACUACGACAACGCCAAGUUUGGCUGGUUCCACGUCAAGACCUGCCUGGUAGCAGGCGUCGGUUUCUUCACCGAUAGCUACGACAUCUUCGCAAUCAAUCUCUGCUCCCUGAUCAUGGGCUAUGUCUACUACGCAGAUGCCGAAGGGAGGGUCAACCCAGUGGGUUGCAUCAUCGGUCAAUUUGCUUUUGGUUACCUCGCCGAUCGGCUGGGCCGCAAGUGCAUGUAUGGAGUCGAGCUUAUAAUCAUAAUUGUGUGCACUAUAGGCGGUUCCUUUGCCGGGACCACAGCUCGCGGGCUUUCUGUAUAUUGGAUUUUGUUUAUUUGGCGCUUUAUCCUCGGCAUUGGAAUCGGCGGCGACUACCCUGUCAGUGCCAUUAUCACGUCCGAAUUUGCCACGAACAAGAACCGCGGUGCCAUGAUUGCCACUGUGUUUGCAAUGCAGGGAUUUGGCAUUAUUGCUGCAGCGAUUGUUGCUAUCAUUGUUCUGGCCGCGUUCAAAGGUGCCAUUGAUAGCGACCAGCUAAUGCUAGACUAUGUCUGGCGUAUUACCAUGGGUCUGGGCGCGGUUCCUGGACUCGUCGCGCUCUACUUUCGUCUCACUAUUCCUGAGACCCCGCGUUACACCCUUGAUGUCGAACAGGACAUCGCCAGGCCACACGCGAUAUCAAAUCCACUAGUUUUACCAUCACUUAAAAAAUGGAAAAACUUCAAGGUCCUCAUGGGCACAUCAGUCACUUGGUUUGCGCUGGAUGUGGCGUUCUACGGCAUCAACCUCAACUCGUCAAUCAUCCUCCAGGCCAUCGGUUUUCUGGCGCUACUAAAGACGACUGCAGGCAACAUAAUACUCACGCUGCUAGGCACUAUCCCUGGAUACUGGGCUGCAGUAUUCACGAUCGACCGCCUCGGCCGUCGCACAAUUCAGAUUAUUGGGUUCGUUGCUCUCAUUAUUCUCUUUUGCAUCCUUGGCUUUGCUUACCAUCAGAUCCUUGACAGGUCGAUUGCUGGGUUUGUGGUUCUGUUCACGCUGGCGCAGUUUUUCCAGAACUUUGGGCCUAACACCACUACAUUUAUCAUCCCGUCAGAGACAUUCCCCACACGGUUCCGGUCGACAUGCCAUGGGAUUAGCGCGGCGUGUGGUAAAAUUGGCGCGGUUAUCGCACAACUGGGCUUUUUCCAGCUUAAGGAUAGAGGCGGCAAGAACACGUUUAUACCGCAGCUAAUCAAGAUAUUUGCGCUGUUCAUGCUCGUCGGACUCUUGUUUACCUGGUUUGUACCUGAGACCAAGGGCAAGACGCUCGAGGAGCUGAGCAACGAGCGCGAUGAGGAUUAA